AUAAUGGUACUUGCUGGGUCAGACCAUUCUCUAUAUGUGAGUACUGAUUUCUGCCAAACAUGGAGUGAUGCGCACGCCAAGUUGGUACUGGCUGUGGACUGGGGCCCUGCGGAGGAGAAGUAUGAGAACACCGUAUUCUGGACCCAGAAGCGAAAGACAG